AUGCCGCCGCCAAAUUUCCAUGAGCAGAUUCAGGUCGAUGUAAGUUCACUCCAGGUUACCUCUUCACGGGGUCAGGCCACUAUCCAGAGGAUUUGUUUGAGUCCGAAGGCCGCAGGCGAUCUGCCGUACCCCUCCCCACCCGCUGGCGCUCGUGAAUUAACAGUUCUCCAGACAAGUGACGAGGACUCACUCUACGAUGCCGAUUCCGUAGCUGACUCGAGUCUCUCGUUUGCAUCCACUGUUCGAGACUACUAUUAUGAAAAUGGCCGUCGGUACCAUGCAUACCGCUACGGCCAAUACCCCAUUCCCAACGAUGAAGAGGAGCAGGAUCGCUUGAACAUCACCCACCACCUCUUCAAGCUUCUGACUGGGGGCGAUCUGUACCGCACCCCGCUUGCCCAACAGCCCGCCCCAAAGCGGAUUCUCGACAUCGGCACGGGGACGGGCGCCUGGGCGCUGGAAAUGGCCGAGCAGUUUCCUGAGGCCGAGAUUAUUGGCACUGAUUUGAGUCCUAUUCAGCCGAGCUUUUCGCCGCCCAACUGCACAUUUAUCAUCGAUGACGCAGAGAGCGAUUGGGCAUUCUCCAAGGAUGAACCGUUUGAUUACAUCCACGCUCGAUCUAUGGGCGGUGGUAUUGCCGACUGGGAUAGGCUAUUUCGGCAGGCCUACAACCAUCUGAAACCUGGUGGCUGGCUUGAGGUCCAGGAAUUCGAGGCCGCUAUACACUCCGAUGACGGCACGGAAGAAAAGGCGCCGAUGCUGGUAGACCUUUCUAAGAAGCUAGACGAGGCGAGCAAGAAGUUCGGCAAGCGGGUGAGCGUUGCUCCUUCGCUUGCUGGGUGGAUGGAUAGGGCUGGGUUUACCAACAUUACCGAAGACAUCUACAAGUGUCCGGUAGGCUCGUGGCCUAAGAGUCCGCGUCUCAAAGAGAUCGGUCGCGUCGGCAAGGUGGCGGUAAUUGAAGCCAUCGAGCCAUAUUCAUUAGCUCUCUUCACGCGAGUACUUGGCUGGAGCUACGAACGUGCCCAAGACUAUGUCAACAAAUGCCGCCGCGAAGCAAUGAACUGCUCAGGCCAUAUCCACAUCCUAUACUACUUUGUAUACGCACAACGACCUCUAUGA